AUGACGGAGGGAUCGGCCUCCCCGAAGGAGCGCCACGAUCAAGUACCGCCGCCUCGUGGCAUCUUCAGCAUUCGAGCGGACUCACUGACGCCGGGUGUGCUAUACUUGGCGUCGGGAGCGGACGAGGAAGGCCGAGUGUCUUCAGCCUUCCUGCACGUCAUUGAGAAGCAUCUUAGUUAUGUUAACCCGGCAAGUAAGGAGGUUACGCCGGAAGGAGACGAUGCAUGGGAAGAUAUAUGCCGGAACGCCAUAUUCUGGCGACAAUCGGACGAUCUGCAGUACGACGAGGAUGCCUACAUGGACGCUUCCUGGGCUGCGGAGGCCUUUGAGGUAUCAAGGGAGAUCAAGGCACUGCUGAACACCGAGAAGCCGGCGGAGGGCACAUCGGACGCCAAUAUCGUCAAGGCUAAUGGCGACCAUGUAGAGUCGUCACGCGUGCGAAUCUUGGAUCUCGCGGUGGGCAUCGGGGGGAACAUCGUCCACUUCGGACAGGACUGCGAUUUCGUAGUAGGGGUGGAAAUGAAUCCCCAACGGGUAGAGAUAUGUCGAAAUAAUUUACGCGUCUAUGGCAUCAGCAAUUCCUAUGUAGUGGAGGGCGACCUCUUCGAUUUCAUCGAACAGUUUGCAGAGGACCCUUUGAAAAAGGCUCAUGAAUUGGGGAUGCAGGACUACUUCACCGAAUCGCAACAAUUUGACUGUGUCCAUGCGUCUCCGCCCUGGGGCGGGAAGAACUACGCGGGGUCCACCAACGACAAGGUGUACACGCUGCAGCCGAAUUUCGACAUCGAGCGCGUAAUGACAAGCGUGGCUAAAUUCACUGAUAUCGUCAGUAUCUACCUGCCGCGGUCGCAAUGCGUUUAUGAGCUGGUGAAACUCGCCGAAAUGGGAGGGUUCCCGCUGGUGAUUAUCUCCGCCUACCAGGUCCCGAAGAAAACCAGGUGUAUACACGCGCAUUUCGUCAAAAGGGUCGAAUAUUUCAAGUAUCUGAAGGUGGUAAAUGUUGAGGUCAGUGAAGCUCCAAUCCGACGCGUCCACCCUUUGCAGAGAACCCAUGUGCCCUAUAAAAAGGCGCCUCACGGCCUCAACCUCCUCGUCCACUCCACGCCGUACGUCUCAAGCAAAUUCAACAUCAAGUCGGACCUGCAUAUGAGCCACGUUGUCCACGCAAUCAUGAAAAUGCUGGACGAAAAAACCUCAAUCGUCGCAGCUAAGCUGCACAACCUCUUGCGCCUCCUUCCGCUGACUGAUGUCUUGGCAAUCGCCAACCAGGCGCGUGAAAUACAAAACGACGGAGGCAUGAGCAAGACGGACUCCGACGAAAAACGGACCACAGGGGGAAUAUUCUUCCACCUGCUGAAGACGCAGGACAGAGAGGUAUAUAAACAAAUGGAGAAGCUCGUAUAA